AUGAAGGAAUGGGAAUAUGGAUUCCAGAGGAUGAACUUGAUGACUCGCCGCGGUUUUCGUAUCGUACAACUUGAAACCAAAGAGAGACUUUUCGUCAGUAAGACCGUGAACUCGUCAGAAAUUAUUCCCGUAGCAACAGAACCUGAGGCCUUUUCAACCGUUAUAGAGUGGAGGGGACCACAGAUCACAAAUCUGCGGCCAAACUCAGCAAUCAAAACCGAGGAAAUCUCAAAUCCAGAAAAACCGUGCGUAUCCAAUAUUUCCUUGUUUAUCGGUGAAGUUUGGCUUGAGAUGGAAUGGCUUCCGCCGAAUUUUCUAGGGAGGCCUUCAUCCACGAACCGGUAA